GUUACUACAUGCAAUACAAAUACAACCAAGGAAAAAUUACAAUAUAGAAGUCUCCAUAGCCAUGGGAUUGCAUUUUUUGAAAACCCAAUGCAUUCUGGCAAUUCUGAUUACAUUUGUCUCAACAUCAAUUUCAAGUUCUCUCCCAGAUGCCAAUUUCCAAAUAGCGAAGCCAAACUGUAAGAAUCUUUGUGGAAACGUACCCAUUCCCUUCCCUUUUGGCACUACCGAAGCAUGUUUCUAUAACAGGUCAUUCUUAGUCACUUGUAAUGAAACCUUCAGUCCUCCCAAAGCAUUUGUAACGAACUCGACCGUAGAAAUCACUAACAUAUCCCUGGAGGGCCAAUUGCGCGUCCUAAGCUACAUAGCGAAAGACUGUUAUUAUCAGAAUGGCAACAGAAGCCUGCAUAAUGCUCCCUUGAUACAAUUAAUCUGGGGCCUCUCCAUCAGUACUGCAAAUAAAUUCACCGUGGUUGGUUGCGAUACUAAUGGUUUUGUGCAUGGUCGGCGGUUUAACAAAAAUUUUUAUCGGACAGGGUGUAAUUCUUAUUGCGGAUCCAAGGAGGAUUUGGCAGACGGUAUGUGCUCUGGUCUAGGCUGCUGCCAAACUUCUAUCCCAAAAGACGUGCGGAGAGCAGAGAUGACAUUGCAGAGCUAUGAUAAAUUCAAAAAUGUGUGGGACUUCAACAAUUGCAGCUAUAGUUUCCUUGCUGAAGAAAGUGCAUUCAAUUUUACUCCAAGUAGUCUUUCCAGCCUGAGGAAUGUAAUAAGUCUUCCUAUGGUGGUUGACUGGGCGGUUGGAGAUGGAACUUGUGUGGAGGCUCAAAAUAACAUGUCUAGUUAUGCAUGUAAAAGUUUGAAUUCCAAGUGUAAAGAACCCGAUAAUGGUUAUGGGUAUCGCUGUUAUUGCGAUGAGGGUUUCCGAGGAAACCCAUACCUCGAUGGUGGCUGUCAAGAUAUUGAUGAAUGUCUAGAUCCAAACAAUAAAUGUGAAAAGGGAUGUAAGAACAUACCGGGGAAUUAUACCUGUACUUGCCCGGAAGGUUACCAUGGCGACGGGUUGAAAUAUGGACAAGGUUGCAUUCGUGGUGAAUCACUCAUCUUCAAACUUGUUGCAGGGAUUGCUCUAGGCUUCAUUGUUCUUCUGCUUGGUGCCUGUUGGUUGUACUUGGAACUCAAGAGAAGAAAGUUGAUCACAAUGAAGCAGAAAUUCUUUCUUCAAAAUGGUGGAUUAAUGUUGCAAGAACAACUCAUUAGAAGAGACUACUCUCCCGAUACAAUGAAAAUAUUCACUUCCGCGGAGCUCAAGAAAGCAACAAACAACUUCCAUGACGAUAGGAUUAUCGGUCAAGGAGGUUUUGGCACUGUAUACAAAGGCUUUCUAUCAGAUAAUAGAAUAGUUGCCAUCAAGAAGUCCAAAGAGGUUGAUCCAAACCAAAUCGAGCAAUUUAUCAAUGAGGUGAUUGUUCUUUCCCAAAUAAACCACAAGAAUGUUGUCAGGCUUUUUGGAUGUUGUUUAGAAACACAAGUUCCUCUACUAGUUUAUGAAUUCGUCAACAACGGCACCCUUUUUGAACACAUAAACAAUGAAACAAAAGCACACGCUCUUUCUUGGGACAAGCGCUUAACAAUAGCUACAGAAGCUGCUGGUGUGCUUGCAUAUUUGCACUCGGCAGCUUCACCUCCAAUCAUACACAGAGACGUCAAGUCAGCUAAUAUUCUUUUAGACAAUAAUUUCACUGCAAAAGUGUCUGAUUUUGGAGCAUCGAGAUUAGUUCCUGCGGAUCAAACUCGAUUAUCAACUAUGGUGCAAGGAACAUUUGGAUACUUAGACCCGGAAUACAUGCAAACAAACCAAUUAACGGAAAAAAGUGACGUUUAUAGUUAUGGAGUAGUCCUUGUGGAGUUAUUAACAGGAAAAAAAGCAUUGAGCUAUGAGAGACCAGAGGAGGAGAGAAAUUUAGCAAGCUAUUUUCUUUCUAGACUGAAUCAAGGCCGUUUAUACCGAGUUCUUGAAGAUAACAUUGUAUCCGAAGGCCGUCAAUUGUGA